GGGAACAGAAGGACAAGCGGCUUAUCGGCCGCCGACCAAUCAGCGGCUAGAGUGGGGAGAAGUGGGCGGCUCCAAGUGACAUCCUCUUUUUUUCUCUCUGCUUUCCUCCACCCCCCCCCCCUCCAGCCCCCAUCUCCAUCUCUUCAAGGGGAAGCUGUGUCGGGUUUCUGCGGGAGCUGCUGGACCUGGUGCUGGGCAGAUUUGAAGUACCACAGAACAGCUCCACCUUGCUUGGGUGAAGUGUCUUCGCUUCGGACCAGCCAUGAUUCACAGCCUCUUUCUGAUUAACUCGUCUGGAGACAUCUUCUUGGAGAAGCACUGGAAAAGCGUGGUCAGCCGCUCGGUUUGUGACUACUUCUUCGAGGCACAGGAACGGGCUUCAGAGGCAGAGAAUGUGCCCCCCGUGAUCCCCACCCCUCACCAUUACCUCCUAAGUGUUUAUCGGCACAAGAUCUUUUUUGUGGCCGUGAUCCAGACAGAGGUUCCGCCCCUUUUUGUCAUUGAGUUUCUUCAUCGGGUAGUGGAUACUUUUCAGGAUUAUUUUGGAGUCUGCUCUGAGGUAGUCAUCAAGGACAAUGUGGUGGUGGUCUAUGAGGUGCUGGAGGAGAUGCUGGACAAUGGAUUCCCCUUGGCUACGGAGUCCAACAUCCUGAAGGAGCUGAUCAAGCCGCCAACCAUCCUACGCACAGUUGUCAACACCAUUACAGGAAGCACCAACGUGGGGGAGCAACUCCCCACAGGACAGCUGUCCGUGGUCCCCUGGCGACGGACCGGCGUGAAGUACACCAACAAUGAGGCCUAUUUUGACGUGAUCGAGGAGAUUGAUGCCAUCAUUGACAAAUCAGGUUCCACGAUUACGGCUGAAAUCCAAGGGGUGAUCGAUGCCUGUGUGAAACUGACUGGGAUGCCAGACCUUACCCUCAGCUUCAUGAACCCCAGGUUGUUGGACGAUGUCAGCUUCCACCCCUGCGUGCGUUUCAAGCGCUGGGAAUCGGAACGCAUCCUCUCCUUCAUCCCUCCGGAUGGGAACUUCCGCCUGCUGUCCUAUCACGUCAGUGCUCAGAACUUGGUGGCCAUCCCCGUCUACGUGAAACACAACAUCAGCUUCCGAGACAGCAACUCGUUGGGCCGCUUCGAGAUCACGGUGGGCCCCAAACAGACGAUGGGGAAGACCGUGGAGGGGGUGACGGUUACCAGCCAGAUGCCCAAAGGCGUCCUGAACAUGACCCUCACGCCUUCUCAGGGGACGCACACGUUUGACCCCGUCACAAAGAUGCUGUCUUGGGAUGUGGGGAAGAUCAACCCCCAAAAGCUGCCAAGUUUGAAGGGGACGAUGAGCCUCCAAGCGGGAGCCUCCAAACCUGACGAGAACCCCACCAUCAAUUUGCAGUUCAAAAUCCAGCAGCUGGCCAUCUCCGGUUUGAAAGUGAACCGCCUGGACAUGUAUGGAGAGAAGUACAAGCCUUUCAAGGGGAUCAAGUACAUGACCAAGGCCGGGAAGUUCCAGGUCCGGACCUAAGAGGGCCUCUGCCUGGGAGAAGGCUCGGUCGUGCCCUCGCUUCCCACUCCACCGACUCUGCCCCCAUCUUCCUCUGGGGCUGCUCCUCGCUACGACCCACCCAGUUUUGUGUGGGCCAGGUGUCUUUUGGCUGAGCCAGGCAAAUCUGGCCUCCCUGCCCCCGUUAAAUUUUGAAGCUCCUGGAUGGGAGCAAAUGGGAGAAGCAGCGGCCUCCCUCCGGGCCUGCCAGCUAAUUUCCCAACAAAUUCAAGUGCUGCAGCCUUCUGCCUUCCGUGGCUGGCGUUUGCUUCUUUCCUUGCCGGCUGCAG